AUGGCAUCUCUGCAGCCAAAGUUUAGCCUGGAAACCCUUCUGGAGCAGCUGAACGAAGAUGAAUUAAGGAGGUUCAAAUCUCUAUUAAAGAAUGUUCCCCUACAAGGUAAGCUAAGGAUGACCUCAUGGUCCAAGGUAGAAGAGGCCGACGGUAAGAAACUGGCAGAAAUUCUGAUGGAGAAAUCCCCAAAAUAUUGGAUAAGGAGUGUGACCAUGAACAUCUUGGAGAAGAUGAAUCUCACAGAAUUGUCUAAGAGGGCAAAGGCUCAAAUCCCGGCAGGUGCCCUGGAGCAAGGAAUACAUGACCCAAAGCUGGGAGACAUGGAAGAAGACUUGGAUGUAGAAAAGCUGGGUAAAAAGGGGGGACGUAGAAAUACGAUGGAGAAACCACCUUUGGUCUGGAACAAUAAAUUCUGGCGGGGAGACAGUGACCAUUUCCUUGACGAUGUCACUCAGAGAAGCCAGAAGUUCAUACCGUUCUUGCGUCCCAAGACACCCACACAGCCCAUACCACACACGGUGGUGCUCCAUGGCCCCGCAGGUGUCGGGAAAACCACACUGGCCAGGAAAGUGAUGCUGGACUGGACAGAGAACCACGUUGGUCAGACGUUCAGAUGCGUCUUCUACCUCAGCUGCAAGGAGCUCAACCGCACGGGCCCGUGCACCUUUGCAGAGCUGAUCUCCAAGGACUGGCCCGAAGGGCAGGGUGAUGUCUCCAAGGUCCUCGCCCAAGCACAGAAGAUGCUGUUCGUCAUCGAUGGUUUUGAAGAGCUGAAAGUCCCCGAAGGGUCCCUGAUCCAAGACAUUUGUGGCGACUGGGAGGAGCAGAAGCCGGUGCCCGUCCUCCUGGGCAGCCUGCUGAAGAGGAAGAUGUCACCCAAGGCCACGUUACUGGUCACCACGCGGUCCGAGGCCCUGAGGGAGCUCCGGCUCCUGCUGCAACAGCCCCUCUUCCUGGAGAUCGAGGGCUUCCUGGAGCAGGACAGGAAGGCCUAUUUCUUGAAACACUUUGAAGAUGAGGAGGAAGCCCUGCGAGCUUUCGACUUGAUGAGGAGCAACUCGGCCUUGAUUAGAAACGUCGCCCCUGACAAUGCUUACCGGGAUUUCUGUCUGGCACUCAUUGGUAAGAAGACCUUGACUCACCUGACCCUGGAAGGCCAAGUCCAGUGGGAUGAGAUGAUGCUGACGAUGCUGUGUGAGAUCCUCAGAAACAAGCAGUGCAGCCUGCAGCAUCUGAGGUUGGGAUUUCAUUCUGCUACAGCUCAGCAAUGGGCCGAUCUCUCCUCGGCCCUCAAAAUCAACCAGUCGCUGACAUGCCUGGACCUCUCAGCCAACGAGCUCCUGGAUGAGGGUGUCAAGUUGCUGCACACGACUUUGAAAGACCCAAAGUGCUUCCUGCAGAGGCUGUCGUUGGAGGACUGUCACCUUACGGAAGCCUGUUGCAAGGCACUUGCUUCUGUUUUGGUGGUCCACCAGCAGCUGAGGUACCUGUGCUUGGCCAAGAACGACCUCGGAAAUAGUGGAGUGAAACUUCUGUGCGAGGGCUUGGGUUACCCUGACUGUAAACUAGAGACCCUGGUGUUACGGCAAUGCAACAUAAACAGGCAUGGCUGCAAACAUCUCUCAAAGCUACUCCAAGAAUACUCCAGCCUGAUAAACUUGGACCUCGGUCUCAAUCCCAUAACUGCUGGAUUGUGGUUUCUCUGUGAGGCCUUAAAGAAUCCAAAUUGUAACCUAAAAUGCCUGGGGCUCUGGUGCUGCUCCCUCACCCCUUUCUCUUGUCAGGAUCUUGCAUCUGCUCUCAUUAGCAACCAGAAGCUGGAAACUCUGGACCUGAGCCAGAAUAAUUUGGGGAAUAGUGGAGUAACUGUGCUCCUUGAGGCUUUAACACAAAAGAAUGGACCCUUGAAGACACUCAGGCUGAAGGCGUAUGAUUGUAAUUGGAAAAUCCAGAAGCUGUUGAAGGAAGUAAAAGAAAUCAAUCCCAGACUGACAAUUGAAUGUAACGUGGCCAGGACAACUGGAGUGUCAUGCUGUUGA